AUCACAACGAUUGUCGUAUUCCGGGAAAGACGAGAGUACCAGAAUCCCCCGCCAUUACCGGCGGCGCGACGACCAGCCACCACCACGUGCGCCACAACGAUCAAUUUCUGUUUAUUUGGUUUCCUUCAGCGUUAUUCUUGAUUAAGUUGAACCCCCUCCCAUGGAAGAAGAGGACGAAGGAGAUGUGGAGUUCAACACCGAUGCUCCCAUUUCCCAAUCAUUUAAUCGAAAGAGAAAAACAAUCAACGAGAACCCUGCCCAAUUGCCGCCCGCCGAUGGUCCACCGGAAAUCGCAGUUUCUGAAUUCGAAUACUCUGUCGAGAAUCACUUCAAAUACGUUGACAAAGUAGCCAAACUCUGUUCACACCCCGAAACACUCGACCCUCCCGACCAAGCCGACAUUAAACGGAUCUCCAAUUCUAUAACUUUCUUGAGGGAGUGGAGGGAUUUUAAUUAUGGCCCGCGAAUUGUGAGGUUUGCUUGCCAAUAUAGUUCCAAGGAGAAAGAUGUAAUUGGUGGGGCUACCUUGCACCAAUUUUCAUCUGCAUCUGUUCCAAAGAAGGAGACACGAAAUGGCGACGAAUCUGGUACUGAAUUCAGCAAAGACUUUGUAAUGCAUGUCGGCGGUGCAGUCUGGGCGUUAGACUGGUGUCCUACAGUUGAUUGCAAUACGGAGAAUCAUAUCAAGUCCGAGUUUGUCGCUGUGGCUGCUCAUCCGCCCGAAUCUUCACAUCACAAGAUCGGUGCCCCUUUAACUGGCAGAGGUGCAAUCCAGAUAUGGUGUUUGUUAACUCUAUACGUAAAAGAAGAUGCGGCUUCGAAAGGGACAAAAAAGCCAAAACCGAUUUCCCAAGAACUGGCAACAGUCAACGAUCCGAAUAAAGUACUAAAGCCAAGAGGGAGACCAAGAAAGAAACCCAUUACCGAUACUGUCGAGAAGAUUGAUAGGCCAAGAGGGCGACCAAGAAAAAAUCCGAUUAACGAUACUGUAAAGAAGAUGGAUACUGAUCCUCAAUUUGCAGAGUCUCUCGCCAUUGAAUACCCUACGGAGUCGCCUAAUGAUUGUAGCCAAAAAACGGAACAUGCAAAUGCAUUGUUGUUGGCUGGUCCUAAAGGCGGAGGAAAUAAAUCAAAGUCGCAAAAAGGAGCCCAGGUCCACAGUAAUGGUUCGUCUAUUCCCAGACAAUGUGAACAGAGAGAAUCUGCCCUUGUGAAUCCACUAGUAUCUGCAACGAGCUUCGGUUUAGAUUCCAUGAGCCCUCCUAAGAACGUUGGAUCUUGUGAUGCUAAUACUUUUAAGCAUUCGAUUCCCGUGGAUGUUGAGUUGCCUAGAAUGAUGCUAUGUUUAGCUCACAAUGGAAAGGUUGCAUGGGAUUUAAAGUGGCGGCCGGUCGAUGUUCAUGGCCCUGCUUCGAGGAAUAUAAUGGGUUAUCUUGCUGUCUUGCUUGGGAAUGGUGCACUAGAAGUGUGGGAGGUCCCUCUUCCCCAUGCGGUGAAACUCGUGUAUCCUGCUUCUCAGGAGCGAAUUGAUCCUCGCUUCAUCAAAUUGAAACCGGUAUUCAGAUGUUCGAAGCUGAAGUGUGGUGAUAGGCAAAGUAUUCCUCUAACAUUGGAGUGGUCUGUGUCGGCUCCCUAUGAUACGAUUGUAGCUGGAUGUCAUGAUGGAGUGGUGGCUUUAUGGAAGUUUUCGGCUACCGAUUCAUUAACAGAAACGAGACCUUUGCUUUCCUUCAGUGCAGACACCGGUCCUAUUAGAACACUGGCAUGGGCACCUAAUCAAACCGAUCUCGAGAGUGCAAAUGUAAUUGUCACUGCGGGUCAUAAAGGCUUCAAAUUUUGGGACAUACGUGAUCCGUUCCGUCCAUUGUGGGACCAUGCUAUGCAGGGGGUCACUUACGGUUUGUCUUGGCUGCGUGAUCCAAGAUGUGUCUUUGGUUCCGUCGAUGACGGAACACUGUGGUUUCACCGUCUAGAGAACACAGCCUCUGAUAUUCCAAUUACUGGCAAAUGUGUUGCUGCAGCAACAAAGCAGGGUUUCCACAGUUUCGACUGUUCCUCGUUCUCAAUAUGGAAUGUUCAAGCUUCUCCGCUGACAGGCGUGGUUGCAUAUUGUGGUGAGGCAGGAACAACCCUUUGCUUCCAGCCAACAGCCAGAUCGGUGAAGGACCCUUCGCGAAACCGUAGAACCCACUUGCUCUGUGGAUCACUGUUGGAGGAGGAAGAUGCCCUUAUUGUAGCAACUCCAUCGACUAGUACUUCUCACUCUAGAAGAUACCCGGGCAUGAAACGGUCUGGCGGAGCAAAAGACCUAGAGAAAAAAUUCAAGGAACAGAUAAAUAACGAGCAGCCGCUUGCUAUAUGUUGGCGAGGCGAUCUUGAAGAAACAAAGAAACAGGAACCUAAAUCGAAAGAAACAAACAAGGAUCAGUUGAAAAAUGACAACAAAAGAGAAGUUUUUCCCGGGAAAAACGUGGCCAUUCAUAGAGUGAGAUGGAAUGCGAAUAAAGGCAGUGAGAAUUGGCUGUGCUACGGAGGAGCUGCUGGUUUGCUACGCUGUCAACAGAUCGAUUCGUCUCUUCUCCAAUAGUCGUAGGGUUAGUUAUGCUUCUGUUGUACUAUAGUGUUGUACCAGUAUGAAUAUUUAUUUGUGUUAGGCUUUUUAGAUAAUUUUAGAAAAUACAGUCAAUUUUAUUCAAGUAAGUUAAUAUACUAAUAUAGUAUCUAUAUUUACGAAUACUGUAUAUUAAGAGUAGAGGUGGCAUUAAAAUGUUCAUCAAGUUGGAAUCAAGUAAUUAAUUUUACUAGCAAUAUAUUUUCUAACAUGAAGUUUUUAAGUGAAUAUGAAGGUGAUUAUAGAAAACUAAUAUUUA